AUUAUAGCGAUAAAUUAUAAGUGUCUCUUCUUGUUGGAAAAACUUUUAUACUCUCUCAUAACGCGUCGCUUGUCAUGACAACAAAAAAUUACGAUCAAAGUAUAGUGUUUAUAUAGAAAUAAUAUUGUUAAUGUCUUUAAGACUUCCUUCUCUCUUGUGCUGUAAAUAAUGUAGCCGAUACCCGUUAAGUAAUAUAAAUAGAAGCAAUUGGAUACAUCGAAGGUCGAUGUAAUUUUACGAUGUAAGAAAAUCCGAUGAUAAAAAUCUAUCUCACUUAAUGUUACUCGAUAAAACUAUGAAUCUUAUUAUCGACAAAAAAAUGUAAUCAAUUUAAAUAGAUCAUUUAUGACAUAAUAUAUCCGGUCUUAUCCACAACGGAACGAUAACUAAUCGUAUCAUUAUAUCUAGAAGUAUAUAACUAUGUAUAUAAUUUAUAUUUAUAAGUAGAAUAUCAAAAUUAUAAUUUUUGUCUUAGUUCGUUGACACGGUUUUAAAUUUUCAUUUAUCAAUGAGCUAUAGAGCAUAAACGGAAAACUAAGCCAUUAUAUGCGCGAUGCAUUUCCAUAUGUUGUAUACAUUUCCCCGCUUGUCAUGUCUUGUCUCUUAUAAUUGGAUAGAAAUAGAACAAUGGCGUUGUCAGUCAUCGACAUAGCCGAUGAUAGCGCGAAUGCAGGGAAAGGCGCGAUUUUCAGAUUUUCUGACAGAUUCCGGAACGAAGAGACGCGCAGCGUCGAGAGGAGACACGCGGGUAGAGACGUAGAGAAGAGAUCCGGGAGGGGCAGAAGGAAGAGGAUAUUGAUCGGGAGUAGGCAUGCGCGUAUGUCGUUAUCUUCUCUUCGUCCCACCCUGCUGCGGCGGCAGGCAAGCCUAAGGUAAGCGACAAUAGAACAUGCGUCGCGUCGGCCAGUAGCUUGAGGUCCACGUCGCACCGCAUCAAUUAAGUAGCGCGCGCUCAAGGCGCUUAGAUCUAGAAAGAAGCGGUACCGAGGGCGUGUCGAGUCAAGGUAGCCGCACUCCUCUCAUGCCGGGUCGUCGAACUAUGCCAGUCCGUCGCGAAUCGGCGCAGAAUCGGCGGCGGCGGACGUAACCGGGAAGAGGCAGCGACACGAAACGAGGAGGGUUUCAUUCAGCGACGGUGAUUUCACGGUGUGGCAGACACACAUAUACGUACGCGUAUAGUAUAAUUGAGCAAAUGUAUAUAUAAUAAAGUCCGCUGCACAUCGAUGGAAUAUCGUCAUUCGGCAGCGCACAUGCCUUGUUAAUGUUGGCUGAGAGGGUAGACCAAUUGGUUGAGUGAAGAAACGCCCGAGCAAUACUGACCAGCGCUAAUUGCAAAGGAGAAUAGAAUAAAACCUAAGGGACAACGAACUAGGAGGGAAUCAUGUCAGACUUGGAUGACGAAACCGAUACUUCAUGCGGGGAGGAGCAAAUUGUCUCGGAUUGGGAGGUCCAGAAGGAGUGGCUCGAGAGCGUAUUAUCGAAGUACCACGAUGGAAGAGCGGUUGAAAUCUUAAAGUUUAAUGUAAGCCCCGGAUGUACGACUAGCGAGAGCGUGCUGAGCGCUAUCACCAGCGUUACAGGGAAUUAUUUGUUAGCAUCGACGACGGAUCCGACGGAUAAACCGUCGGAUAAGCGCAGAUUAUCCAUUAUCAUAAAGCAACUGCCUAGAGAUCCGUUUAGCCGCUUCUUCGUAACGGAAGGUCAAUUCGAUCUCCGAGAGAUUAAAUUUUAUACACAGGUGAUGCCAGAUUUGAAGGAGUUCAAUCGAAGACAAUUAGGACCGAAUCCGGAGGAACCGAUUAUAUUACCGGUUCCAGAAUGCUACCACGCUCAUUACAGUCCUGCAGGCGGAACUGACGACAGCCCGGUGCCGCCGGAAUCGAUACUAGUGUUGGACGACUUAGGCGCUUCGCGUUUUGAGAGUGUCAAAUUCUCGGAGGGACUAACGUUAGAUCAAGCGACGGUCGCGUUGGAUGCCAUCGCUCGCAUACACGCUCAUUCCCUAUCAAUAAAAGUCGUGGACGGGGAAUCUUUAUCCGAGCGUUACCCAUUCCUUUUCCAAACGGCGAAAGCGACAGACUCAUAUCAACAAUUGGUGGAGCGCGGUUUACCGCAGUUGGCGCACUUUCUAGAAAGCAGACCAGGACUAGAAGCGGUCCUCGAGACUCUGCUAGUUUUACGACCCCGCACUAAAGACAUAAUCUCGGCUCUUCUCGCUCCGGAGGGCCCAUUGGCAUUGAUAACCCACACCGACUUCUGGAGCAAUAAUCUACUCUUCAGGGAUACUUGCGGAAGUGCGGAAUGCUACAUUCUCGAUUGGCAGAUGGUUACUUACAGUCGACCGACGAACGAUGUCGCAUUGUUGUUGGUGAGUUCAGUGCCCACCGAGUUACGCCGCAAGCACACUGAAUCACUUCUAAACACAUACUGGAAUAAGCUGAAUUGGACAUGCUCGCAUCUUGGCCUAAAUAUUCCUAAGGAUUUGGGUUAUACCAGAGAGGAUCUUGACAAAGACUAUAGAAAGUCUCAAUUACUGGCGCUUUUACUUUGUAUCGGAUCGGUGGAUGUCGCGCUCGGUGAUCCCCUCACAGAGCAACGACUAAUUGAUGUCCUUGAAGAUCUAUAUAAUGAUGGUGUACUGACGGACGAAGCUGUCGUCGCGACAAACGAAACCGAUCCAUAAUUAUUGCUGCCGUUACAAUAUUAACGUAUCUACCGAAAAAUUAAUAUUUCUAUCAGGGCUGUGACUCGAAGCGAAGAGUUUCACAUGAAGCAAUAGAUACUUCAAUAGCCCAUACGUAGCUUAAAGAUGCAAUCUUUGUAUUUCCAACCCAAAGGAGGCUUAAGCCAGCAAUAACAAAAGCGGGCGACGAAGAAGAUAGUUGCAAAAAAAGCAUGUCGGAAGAAUAUAAUGGACGUUAGAAAUUUAUGCUAUCUAUUUAUGCUAUAAUUUAUAUUCUUUCGGUUUCUUUCUCUUUGCGACGAGACUAUCUAGACAAGCGGGACAAAUGAUUGAUCAAGAUCAAAUGAUGCUUAACCAUAAAUGUCUCGAUUAUACAUUAGUGUAAGCUUUGACAACUAUUACUCUUUAAAAGCUACAAUGAUAUUUUAAUGACUGGUGCAAGAUUCGCUUGCUAUUCGAUGAAAGUAAGAUAAAAUCGGAAGCAAACUUUUUAAGAGAAACUGCAUUACAUAAAAAUAUUGAUUUCUUAUCAACAGAUAUAGGUUUUUCCUGUGAAUGUGAAUUUUCAAUUCAGUUUUUUAUUCACAUAGAAAUUGUUGAUGAAUGUCUACACUGUGCCAAGUCGUUAAAGAUUUAGGCAAGUAGUUGUGAUACAAUUACUAAGAUAAAAUCAAUUAGAUUCGUGAUUAUAAGAAAUUAUAGUACAUGCAUUACAGUAUUUUCGAGAUGUACAUGAAACAUAAAACAAUUAUGUUUCAUCCGCCCGAAUACACGUCCCGUAAAUUUCUUCCGACAAUUAUUCCAGCGAGAACGCGGUGUUUUGUUAACGCUAUAUACAAUUAUUAUCAAGUAUUAUCCAUUUUCUCUGUAUAAAAUGUAUGGAUAAAAUAUACCUUGAUGUUAUCAUG